CCCCUGCCUCUUUCAGAUCCAGCCAGAUCAUUGGCAUACGGGGGACCGCCUCCAUCGCUCCCAGCGACUGCACCGAGCCUGAGUUCAAGAAACGAUGGAUGCUAAGGGACGUGACGCCAGAAGGAAUGUUCCAGUGCGCAAAUGUUUAUGGGAAGUGUAGUUCACUAUAUUAGCUCAGACUAGUUGUUUCACCAGAGGUUUGAAUUUGAAACAUCUAGCUAUAUUCAGUAUCUUUGGUUGGGCAAUAACUACAUUACAUAUUAGUAUCACUUUACAUAAGAUAUACUAGUGUCUCUUAUCAUGUUUGAACGUGGGAACAUUUGUGGAACAUUUUUUGCUGCACACUACAUACUAUUACCGCAUCCGGUGUGCCUGGCCGCCAUAUUUGAUUCUGCAAAAAAUAUAAAUAUUAUGUUUGUUUAGCUGUGUAGAAGUUACGAAAGUGUAAUAAACACACAUUCGGCGGCAGAAAUUAGAAGAGUUGCACUUUUAGCGAACGACUAGCUAAGUAGAUGUCACUGGUGGACCUGGGAAAGCGGCUGCUGGAGGCUGCACGGGCAGGGCUGGAUGAUGAUGUCAGGACCCUCAUGGUCAAUGGAGCUCCCUUCACCACUGAUUGGCUGGGGACUUCCCCGCUCCAUCUAGCUGCUCAGUACGGACACCACUCCACGGCUGAGGUGCUUCUCCGAGCAGGCGUCAGCAGGGAUGCCCGGACCAAAGUGGACAGGACCCCACUCCACAUGGCGGCCACAGAGGGCCACUCUAAUAUAGUGGAGCUGCUAGUCAGUAGCGGAGCGGACAUCAACGCUAAGGACAUGCUGAAGAUGACAGCCCUGCAUUGGGCGGCCCAGCACGGUCACAGAGAGGUGGCAGAGCUGCUGCUCAAAUAUGGAGCAGACGUCCACUCCCUCAGCAAGUUUGACAAGACGCCCUUUGACAUCGCCAUGGAUACCAGCAACACUGAGCUCAUGAUACUGUUACAGGAUGGCAUGCAAAACCAAGUGAACAUGAACCCCGAGCCCCAGUUCAUCAUCUCCUCUGCUGGGGUCGUGAACCUCUCUGACCUCGUCAACACCACCGCCAAGUCAGGUAUGGGCAACUGGAGCACAGGUUACAGAGAAUCUGUCUCUACCACCUCAGUCCUGGCAACACUGGCAGCCCUGGCAGAAGCCUCAGGUCCCAUGGAUAAAAAUGCAGGGAAAUCUGAGGACGCAAUCGCUGCAGAUUCUGUGGAUUCGGCCAUUCAGCAUGUAGUGGGUGAUGGAGGUCAGAGGGUCAUCACCAUAGUGACGGACCAACACGGCAACUUGCAGCCAGCAGGACUUGGGCAGCAGUUCUUUGUCACUAUGCAGGGGCAGCAAAUGGUGGCAGUCCCGGCUGGUCAGAUCACAGAGGAGGUGGUGGAACAGGAGCCUUAUCCCUCUCCUGCACGCAAGAGGAGAAUAGAGCCUGCAGCCAUCCUAACCAGACCCAAAGACAAGAAAGCGAAGUCGGGGGACAGCAGUCGGGAGCAGCUCCAGAAGCAGUUGCAGGAGGCCAACCGGAAGGCCCAGGAGUACCGCACACAGCUCCUACAGAAGGAGCAGGAGGCUGAGCAGUACCGCCUCCGACUAGAGGAGGCCAUAGAGCAACAACAGAGCAACAAUACCAGCAAUGCUACUGGUUCUACCUGCACAAGUGUCCAGGAGGCAGAAGAGGAGGUGGUCCAAAUGGAAAAACAACACGAGACAGAGGAGAGAGUUGUGGAGGAGGACAAAGUGGAAGGGGAGGAGGACGUCCCAUUUCCGGAAGACACCAUUCUGGUUAAAGUGGAGGAGGAGCUGGAUUCAGGGGAGGGAGAACAGAUAACAGUGGAUGAUACAGAGGAAAUGGAGAAGGCUUCAACUAAGGUCACAACGACCCCCAAACGGGGGAGAGGGAGGGGACGAGGACGUGGAAAGAGGCGGUAGUCAAGCGUCCCUCUGUUCUCUUGGUGUUCUCUCAUGAUAUGUCUUGUUUUAUGCUUUUAUAUUAAUAUUAAUGGUUAUUACUUGUUUAUUUUAGAACGAUAACAUUGUAUUUGUAACUAGGUUUUGAGAUUAUUUUAUUUACUUGCAAUACUUUUGAUGAAGAAGCCAUUGGCUAGCACUUGUAAGCUAACGCUGAGCCCUGUAGGAGGAGUUAAAGAUGCAGAUGGCUCCACAGUGUACAAACAUUUCUGUGAAUUUAGAGAAAGUAAGAAAAGGUAUGUUUGCAUAGGAGUGUAAAUACUGCAAUGUGGGUUUGAUUGCACUGUGCAUUCAUUCUCCUAAGAAUAAGGUUUGCAACACAUUCUAAUAUAGGAUAUUCAAUCCCCAGCAUUUCUGGUUCAUGUCUGCAGCAUCAUGUUUAAAAAAGAAGAAAGUUAGCUCAAGUGUAUAGUGCUAACUGAGAAAAUGCAUCUGAUUCUUCAGAAAAUGUUCUCCAAGGCUGGCUAAGUUCUAGUUAUUUGCGUACCUGAAUGUGUGAGUGUUUGGGAAUCUUUGGGUGAGGUCGAGGUGUGGGAUAUCGGUGUUUCUUUGCUAGAUGGCCAGCUUUCUUAAAUCUGUCUUGAAUAUCCUAUUCUAGUACUAUUUUAGCUGCAGACCACUCAGACACUAAGAUACUGUAGGUUUUCCUUUUUUGUUCCAAGUAGUGUUAGAUUUUAGAGUUAAUGUUUAAGUCACUGUUAUUAUUAAGCUCUUACUUUUGUUCCUUUUGUGUAAUCUUAAAGCAUUACAUUCUGUAUAGACCAGCAUCUGUCAAUAGACAUUGAUCUGUCAUCGCAGUCCAGUUUAAACUAAUACUCUCAGAAAAAUAUUGUUUACAUAUGCUCUCUUUAUAUGGCUGGUUAAUUUGACACUAAGUGUUCCUUUAUGAACAUUAUAAAAGCACAAUCAGGGGUUAUCUUCCAGUUGGUUAGGAGAAAAAAAAAACAAUUUUGCUACAAAAUAAUGUUAGUGAGAAAAUAUGGGAAAUUGUUUUCUAUGUUGAAUACCCCUUUCUUAAAUGUAUUUUUAGAAUUCAAUAAAUAAGUGUUUAUUGUUAUUCUA